GCGCAAACGUCAGUCAAAGACUACCAGAAAAUCUAACGGGAAUUGAAGUGAAGGAAAAGGCGAAAGUUUUCAGUUUUUAUUGUGGUUUCCACUUAUAAGUGCCGAAGAAACGUUUGUUUUUCGUGCUUUCUCAUAUUUGGGACAAUAUUGUGCGUCGAUUAGUGCUUUUACAUAAUCCGUUGUUUUUUUCUUUACAGAUAAUUCGUCUGCUUUUCAACUCCAUUUCAGGUUUAGAAAGCAAUGGCAGAAACAGCCUUAGAAGAUGUAUCUCUAAUCCCACCACCACCAGGGACUGCAGAACCACCACCUCUACCACCGGACGAUUUACCCCCUUUACCCCCAACACCUCCAGAACCACCCAAAAACAACCCUGAAACCCCUUCAACCCCCACAAAUCAAAAUAACACUUCCUCAUGGCCUUCGACUCCAGUUUGGCCCUAUUAUAACAAUGGUUACAACAAUUACACUUCCCAAUAUAAUGCCUUUUAUGAAUGGAACAAUCCUUAUUUUAAUGGAGGCAAAAUGCAACCUCCCAUACCCAGUCUCCUUAACCAAAUGGGUCCUAGAAACAGUUUCUCCCCAUAUGGAAAUAAGCCCAUCAGGUUUCAACUGAAUGGCAAAAGAUUGCCAAACCAAAACGCCUUCCUGGGCAACUCUCCAAACAGCGGAGCGUCAAAAAAGAAACGCAAGAAGAACAGAAACAAUCCGAACUUUCAAAAUCAACAACACCCAAACUUUACUGGAGGAUUCAAUUUGCCACCCAAUCAAUUCAACACCCCUCCACCCCCUUUGCCUCCGCCAGAGGACGUUAACAAUAUUCCUAAGCCAGAACCUCCUCCAGAAAUAUUACCUCCAUUGCCACCAGAGGCUCCACCACCUCAAAACCCAAUUGUUUCUAAUCAUUUGAUUACUGAAAAUGGUAACAUGUCUGAGAAGCAGGGAGCUUCGACUGCAAUGAAUUCGACUGGUGGAAAUCCGGCAGACGAUUGGCCUCCCAGUUUGAAGGAUUACGUGCAUGCCUGCUAUGCCAAAUGUAAAACUAAUAUUGAUAAAAAUCAGGUUGAAAUAAUCUUAAAAGGUAAAAUAACAGCAGCCUAUCAAUCUGGUCAACUUAACAAAGACUGGAGCAAUGAACCAUUACCAAACAUCCAUUCAGAAUCGCAAAACAAUCAUGCUUCUCCGGCCACACCCAAGUUUAUUGGCCAACCGAACAUCAAAACUGGCCUUUUGGCCCAAUUUCAGCAGACUAAAAAGGGACUGAGUCCGGCCCUAGGGGCUCGGCUAGGUACCAGGGGCGGUUUUAAGGCCAGAAACAAGAAUUCCAGAUCCAGAUCGAGAAGUCGAAGCCCUAGAAAAGGGAGGAGCCGAAGUAAAAGUCCUAGGAAACAUAAACACUCCAGUUCAUCAAGUACGUCAAGCGAGGAAGACUACAAGUUGGUAAUAAAGCCACCACAGCAGCAACCAAAGAAAGGUAAGAUAGCGGAGCGGCUGGGUCCCCAAAAAGGGCCCAAACCAGGCAAUAAGUUGUCAAAAAAGCAGAAAAAUAAGGAAAAAAAGGCGGCUUUUUAUCAAACGUUCGGUCAAUCCGUGGAGGAGGAUUCGGAAAUUUUGCAGCAGAGAGCAGCGCGUUUUAGCGGUAGCUCCAAGUCAAAUUCGUUAUCUUCAAUUGUCGUACCACGGUUUUCUAUCGACCCUACCCCAAGCCCUGUUGAACCAUCGGAAAUGGACUGGUCGAGCAUGCACAUCAAGGGAACUUGUAGAGAAAUCGAAAAAUCAUUUUUGCGACUGACAAAAGCGCCCGAGGCGUGUGACGUGCGGCCCGUGGAAGUUUUACGGUUGGCCCUCACUAAUGUUAAAGAGAAAUGGUUACAGAAACAGGAUUAUUUUUAUGCUUGUGACCAGCUGAAGAGUAUCAGGCAAGAUUUAACGGUCCAAGGUGUACGAAACGAAUUCACGGUGCAAGUAUAUGAAACGCACGCGCGGAUCGCCCUAGAAAAGGGCGACCACGAGGAAUUCAACCAAUGCCAGACCCAAUUAAAAUCGCUGUAUUGCGAGGUCGGCGGACAGAAUCGUAACGAAUUUACCGCCUACAGAAUCCUCUAUUAUAUCUUUACGAAAAACACCUUGGACAUAAUGACCAUAAUGAAAUCUCUAACAAAACAAGAAAAAUCCGAUCCGGUAAUAUCGUUCACGUUAAAAAUCCGACAGGCUUGGGGUAGCGGGAAUUUCCACAAAUUUUUUGCCUUGUAUUUAGUAGCUCCUCUCAUGACCGGGUUUCUUAUUGACUGGUACAUUGAGAGGGAACGAAAAGAAUACCUUAAGUGUAUUAUCAAAAGCUACCGACAGACGAUCAGCACCGAAUUCGUAAUGCAGGAGUUGGCGUUCAAAAGUGAGCAGGACUGCCUCGAUUUUCUAGAACCAUUUUGUCUGGUUUUCACCGACGCGACUAAGAAACACAUCGAUUGCAAAAAUAGUAUGGCCUCCUUGGCCAACAUCUAAAUAAAAUCCCCGGCCUUCUUUUAUAAAGGAGCGCACUUGCAGUUUGUCCAUUAAAUCAUCCAUCAGACGGUCUUCUCGGCAAAAUCUUUAAUGUGAAAAUGAAUGAUGAACGUUUGGCGAGCAUCCUUCGCCACCAAAAAAAAAGUGCCGUUUAAAUACAGUGAAUUAUUUAGCGGCCGAUCCCGCCACACAAGGCUAGUGAUACGGAUUUCCUUUAGUUAAGGUUAAAUUUUGUUUUAUAUGGAGGGAAGUGAGAUCUUCUGCUGCUGGUUCCCGUGGUGUAUAUUACUCGAUUUGUUGUAUAUAGCAAGUUUUUUUCUCAUUGUUGUUCUUUUUUUUAUUUACAAAGUAUGUAUUAAACAUUUGAAAUGACAGUUAUAAUUAAUAACGUUCCGGAUAUGAUAAAACGUUACUAUUUAUUAGACAGUUUUUGUGAUUAUUAAUUGCUAAUAAACUGUCUUUUUUUU